UCUCCCCAGUUUCUCCAGCGUGGGGCCCCAGGCGGGGUCUCUCCUCACCGGGCUCGACCAGAACCAGACCAGAACCAGACCAGAACCAGAACAAGAACCUGAACAAGAACCAGGAUCAGAGCGGAUCUUUUCCUCUCCGGUCUCUCUCCUGGAUCUGCUCCUCUUCGGGCUCAACCAGAACCUGACCAGGGACUAGGACCAGACCUGCUCUCCCCUCCCUCUCCUGGUUCCCGGGUCUCUCCUCCUUUCCUCUCUCCUCCCUGGUCUCUCUCUAAUCUUCUCUUCUCUCCUCUCUCCUUCUCUCCUCUCCUGGUACUUUUUUCCUCUCCUGGUCCUGGUCCUGGUCCUGGUCCUGGUCCUGGUUCUUCUCUCCUCUCUGGUCUCGUUCCUGGGUGUGAAGAUGCCGUACGUGGAUCGUCUGAACAGGAUCUGUGGUUUCCUGGACGUGGAGGAGCAGGAGCAGAGCGGACGCUUCUACAGGAGAUACUUCCUCCUGGACCCAGCGCAGGGAAAACUGCUCUGGUACAUGGACAACCCCCAGAAUCUUCCUGUUGGAGCGGAGCCUGUGGGAGCCCUGAACCUCUCCUACAUCUCCAUGGUGAGUGAUGCCACCAAACUGCGCCCGAAAGCCGAGUUCUGUUUCGUGAUAAACGCUGGAAUGAGGAAGUUUUACCUUCAGGCCAACGACCAGCAGGACCUGGUGGAGUGGAUCUCUGUCCUCAACAACGCAACCAAAAUCACUGUGCCAAAGUCGGGGGAGGCUCCGGCGCCCCCUGGAGGAGCGGAGCUGUUGGGAGCAGCUAAACAAGUGUCAACAAAAACAGAAAUCAUCGGAGGAGUCCCGAUUAUCACAGCAACACAGGAGCAGUACGAGGGUCAAAAUGGCGGUGAUAAGAGGAAGCCUCCGUCUCAGACUCCGUUCUACGUGAGAGGAGCUCAGGACCAGAGUCUGAAGUCUGGGUUCUGCGUCAAACAGGGAGCCGUGAUGAAGACGUGGAAGAGGAGGUACUUCCAGCUGGACGAAAACGCUCUGAGCUACUUCAAGACUGAUCUGGAGCGAGACCCGCUGAGGGUGAUUCCUCUAAAAGAGAUUCACAAAGUCCACGAGUGUAAACAGAGUGAACCAAUGAUGAGAGACAAUCUGUUUGAACUCGUCACCAGCUACAGGACCUUCUACGUCCAGGCGGACAGUCCUGAGGAGAUGCACAGUUGGAUUAAAGCCAUUUCUGGGGCGAUUGUGGCUCAGCGAGGACCGGGACGAUUCUCCAGCUCUAUCCGCCAGGCGCGGCGUCUGUCCACUCCGUGUUUGGAGCGGUACACUCCCUUCUGCAGCCUCCUCUCCACGACUCUGACUCCGCCUCCAUGUUCUACCUUCAACUCCAACCCCCAGAAUCCCCUGCUCCUGACCCCGCCCCCGUCGGACCCGGGUCACUUCCUGGGGCUGUUACCGUGGAGACCGCGCUGCCGCCUGUCGCUCCCGGAGACGAUCCCCUCGGCGACGAGCGAGUGACGGAGCAGUCGCCGUGGAAACGCCGCAGCCGCGAGGAGGUGGAGCUGCUCCAGGGCGACCUCCAGGUGACGCUCAUCUGAGGACGCACGGGAGGGCAUCCGGGUUAAACCCGUCAGCCCGAGGGCGCCGGGAGGGCAUCCGGGUUACACGGUUCUGCUGUUCACUGGAGGGAGGGCAUCUGGGGCACAUGAGGUCGUCCUGGUGUUUGUAAAGUACUGACUUUUUCUGACGCAGGUGGAGGACGGUGGUGUCGUCUGAGCUCCCGUUAUUUUACCAGCAAAACUCUUUAAAAAACUCUUUUGUUUUUGUCACGAGUUUCCUCAAAAAACUCCUUUAAAAAGCCACGAAACUCCUGAAGAUUUACUCCUCCAGAGUGGGCGGGGCCUGGCAGGUUCGGUUUUGGUUCGGUCGCUUUAUUCGUACCUGUAGGUAAAUUUGUUUUACAGAUUUGAGGCAGGUCCCACAUUUCACUUUUCAUUCCUCCACAUUAUGAAGAAAAACACAAAUAAAAACACAGUUACAAAAUAAAGUGUGAGAGCUCCAGAGCAGAACAGUUUGUCCCAUAAACAAUUAGUUCAAUUCAUCCAUCACACUUGACUAAAAUCACAAUAAAUAUUAAAUAUAUUAAAAACAUACAAUCUUUAGAUGAAUAGAUUUAUUCAUAAAUAUGACAGCAGCUGGAAGCAGGUGGGGGCGGGGCUGAGAGGGGCUCCUCCUCACAUUCCACCUGUAGACGCCCGGGUCUGCGCCCGGGUCUGCGCCCGGGUCUGCGCCCGGGUCUGCGCC